CGUGAGCUACGGCCGAGUGUGGAUCGCGCGCUUGCGCGCGCGCGAGAUUUAACGUCGUGUCGUCGUCAGUGGGCGUCAUUGCGUCCAUACAUCGUCGUCGUCGUUAACGACGCGGAAGUUCUUCGUCUCGACUCUUCCGUUCUCGUCGCGAAGAAAAUUUUGACAGUCGCGAGUGUGACAACGGACUACGAUCUGUGAUCUUUGUACGCCGUCGCGUACCGUCUCGUCCCGAAUUCGGCGCGAUUCGCGAGAUGUCAGGUACGCGUAGAUAAAACGCGUACGCGGGAAAAACGAAUGCGCGUGUCGACGACUUGCCGGCUGCCGACGCGGGAUGAGCGCCAGAGAAGUCACCCUCUUCGGCGGGUCCCCCUGGGGCUUCCGCAUGCACGGCGGAUGCGACACACAUCAACCUCUGCGCAUCUCCAGGGUAAAUCCGGGCAGCAAGGCAGCUCAGCAGGGAGUGAGAGAGGGUGAUCUGAUUAGUAACAUUAAUGGAAAGAGCACUCGAGAUCUGACCAACAGCGAGGCGCACGCUCUGCUACGUAAUUCCGGGGAACAGUUAAAGCUUGGUCUCAAUCAGGAAAAUAUCGGCUCGCCAAAGAGGAGAAUCUACAAGAGUAGUCUACAGGAGAAUACCACGACCGAGAUUCAGAAUAAGACCACCACAAGGACCAUAACGCGCACGCGGACAGAAGCGGAGAAGAACGUUGCCAAUGACACAAAAGUCGAGCAGAGCUACACCAAUCAGAACGGUGCUUUGAAGAGCUGCCCGGACGAACAAGGAAGCGACGUUAAGAAAGGAUAUUGCGUUCUCUCGGAUUACGCGAGCGACGCGGAGGACAUCAGCAAGGUCGGGAUGCCGCAGGGUAAGAACGGCGGGCGCACUCGCAACCGCGGCCGCAGGAAUCGGCAUCGACGAAACCGUCCGUCUCUUCAGCGACCUUCGGCGAAUGUCGCGGAGUCGCCGCGGAACGUCGAGCAGAGGAGAUUCGACGAACAGCUAUCGGCGUCCUCGAGAAACGGGGGCGACGACGACGACGACAACGAUUCGAAGACGAACGACUCCAUUUCGGAGAAUGCCGAUCCGAUCGAAGCUGGUGGAUCGUUGAGUCCUCGAUAUCGAUUCCGCCCGGACGAUAGACGUAGAGUCGAGAAGAUCGAGCUGAAAGAGUCUCGUCCCGGGAUAAUCGAGAUUACGACUGUCAGCAGUCUACCUCUCGAGGCGACGAUCGGCCAUAUCGCCGGGGUGGGCAUCCUGGAGACGGGAAACGGCGAGCGGACGACAGUGACGAUAUCGGAGCCGGUGGAAUCGAUACGGCCGUUUCCUGUCUGCUCGAGUACCAAGUUAUCGUCGGCGAAUGGAAAUCGAUUGGAGAUUCGGGAAGUGGACGAUAGCGAUACGGAGGUCGAUUGCCGGCCGACGAUCGUCGAAUUCGAGCCUGCCGUGGAAAGGGAGCCGAUCGAAGGGCCAAGGAGUUUCGAAGUGCUCGAAGAAUCCAAAUCGUAUGGUCGAGUCGGGCAGCAAUUCGUGCCGCGGAAGAAGUUCUCGAAACCGGAAACGGAAUCCCCGACCUCGAUGUGCGCCACCGUGAUGCCUAAGGAUGUAGAGAGGAAGCUGCGGAAUUUUAUCGAGGGCCUGCAACUGCCGACCUUUUCCGAGGAAGCGACGGAGGACGAUGGACGACCUCUCGAGAGAAAUGUGUCUCGAGACGUUUCGACAGAGGAGAGCAAAUCUGUUGAAAAAACGGCCGUUACAUCGCGCCGGAAGAUGAGGAAACGCGCGAUGUCGACGGCGUCGCAUUACGCCCGCAACUUCCUGGACAUCAUACAGGAGGAGGGCGAGAGGCUGUCGGAGGACGAGGCGCAGCACAUCAGAGAUUUCAUAAACGAGGAGAUUAGCAAAUAUCGGCGCCAAGAUAGACAUUCCGCCGAAGAGGCGAUUGACGAUACCGAAGCGAAGCAAGAUGAUCCGGAAAAAUUCGACAGAGCUUCCGACAAGCUGCAAUGGGAUGUUAAAAUUAAGAUCGAUACGACGGAAGAUGAUAUUCCGGAAUUACAUUCGUGCGAUAAGGUGAAUAAUCGCGAAGAGGUCGAGCAAAAUAUCGAACCGAGUUGUGCUAAAAAUGUCGCGAAUCCUGAAAUGCAGAUAACACAGAAUAUCAUAUCUAUCAAAGUAACUAACGAGACAGAUGAUACGCCGUCUCAUGGAUCUAUGGAAAUUGUGGAAGCGAACGCAACGCAGGACAAUUUAGGGAUUGAGAAUCGUAUCGAGAUCUUGGAAAACGAUGCUGGGAACAAUGUCGGCGGAGAAAGAUUGGCAAAUAAUAAAGAGGAAAAUGCCGAUGAGAAAAGUACGACGGUGAAAAGUAUUGUGAACGACGCAAAUAAAGCGGAAAAUAAUAAAUUAUUGACCAAAGUCGAGACACUUGCAGAAUCGUCAGAGAAACGCGACGUUUCGCUAAAAGAUUUCACCGUAACGCGCACGGUGACCGACAAUCCAAGUGUAUCGCGAAAGGAGGACGAGACUGAUUCAUCCUCGAGUGUUUCGGCAACGAAACGACCUCCGCCUCUUCCGCCAAGAAGAUCGUCCAGUUUCGGCCACGAGUCUCAGAGACCGCCGGCGCUACCUGAAAUAGACUAUAUCUCGAGCGUCGCGAGUAUUCACCAGCAGCAGCCACUCGACGCAAAUGACGAGUCGACGAAUUUACUCGCGCGGAAACGCGGGAAUCUCGAAGCCGAGGAGGACGAGUCGCCGCGACGACCGGAGCUUCCUAAAACUUGCUGCCAAGGUUCCUCCACGUGGGGAAAAAUUUUUGAAGGCUCUUCUUCCGGAAGAUGGCGCGAAUCCGCCUCGACUAUCAUUGACGAGAACUGCGUAAAGCAGGCGGACACUUGGAAGAAAAACGCCGAAGACGGCCGAUCGAUCACGUCAUCGGGUAUUCGCGACGAUGAUCCGACACGCUCGCGCGACGUCGGGACGCGCGGCGUCUCGUUGGCAAACGCGACGAGCACGGAAAUAACGUGUCGCGGGGAAGGGAAGCCCGCGGCGACGCUUGUUGCAGCAGCGACCCAUGAUCGAAGCGCACCGCCGAGCCGGCAGGAGGGUGAAGCCGAGGUGCAUAGGUGUUUUCCUUCGCACCGGCACGAUCCGGGCAAGAAGAAUUCGACGAUUGACGGAUCAUCGAAAGACGAUAAAUCAGAUAUCGGUCCGGAUUUCUCGACGAUGGGUUCUUCGAGUACCAAGAAUACCAAAGGAAAAUCCGAGCGAGAAGGGAGAAACGUGAAAUCGACAUCGAGCUUUCUUCAUUCCGAGCGAAUGACGAAGAGCGAGAAGAAGACAGAGACGAGGAUAAUCGAACGACACGAGGAAAGCUCGAACGCUAACCAGCGCGAUAGCCUUCGCGAUUCCAAAUAUUCGACGUGGGAGUCGAAACGAGAGGAGAGGCACGAGGAGAGGCAUGAGGAAGAAACGCGCAGCUUGUCACGGCGGAGGAACGCGAGGAAUUCGUCCGACGACGAGGCGAGCUCUCAAAGGCUGGACGUCUCGGCGAGCAAAAAUCCCUCGCCCGAGGGCGACGUUCACGAUUCUUCCAGCAGUACUACGUCCUUAAGUACCGUGAAGCAUCGCUCGUUAGAGGCGUUGUUGACCGACAUCAGUGCGACCGCAUACGAAACGAAGAAUAAUUCGAAGAACGAAACAAAAGAAGAAUCCCUUCUGAAGAGAAAACUCACUUUGAUGAAAAGCGCGGGAGAGAUCGCCGAUGAAACGUCAGCCGGGAACUCGGAAUCGCCGCAACCGGUUCCUUACUCGCCCGUUGAGGAUCUUUAUUACGUGCCGCUAAACGACGCCGAGGAUGUUGGCGAAAAAAUCUUGAAGGACACGUCGCGACCACCGUCGUCCCUGCGGGAGCUCUGCGUCAAGAGGAUUCUAUCGAUGCCGUUCGGGUGGCAGAUGAUCGACGAGAUCACCGCGCCCAAGUUGAACAUCUUUGAGAAUCUGCGGACUCUACAGAGGUUUGUGAACGACGUGCCGCGAACGAGAGCGCGUCAGCAAUAUAACGAUAACGCCCAGCGAUUAAAAGCAAUGCAUGGAGUGAGUGAUGCUCGACCACGUGGACUAACGAAAAUGCCGGACGGGAGCGAGUCGCCGCUUCGGCCUAACGACAUUGUAAACGCUCUUUCAGACCGGACUAGGUCGUCGAGUGUUAAUAUUGAAUUGUCAGAGUCGGAGGGUGAAAUGGAGGAACGAUGGCGAGCUCUGUCCACUUCGGAGGAUCCCAGGCUUCUGGUAUGCCUGUCGCCGUCGCAGCAGGCAUCGCGGAUACGCGCGAGCGCGGACACUCUUCUGGAUCUUCAUCGCAAGUUCCUGAACCGUUACAGCUAUCGGGAACAACAGCCGCGGUGUGUUCCUGUGCCGCGAUACCGAGUGGAAAUUCGUCCGAUUAAGGAGGAUGAUGACGCUUCGAAAGCGUCUUCCCGAGCAACUAAUCGAGACGCAACGGUCGAGAGAUGGAGCAGCAGGCUGCUGGAAAUUAUCAAAGAAGAGAGAAAGGAUGGAACGAAAACGAUAACCGAGAACAAAGUCCCGGAUUCUUUAGAGCAUAGCGAAGGUCAGGAAAAUCUCAAGGCCGUCCGAUCGAACGACUGGUCGAAUCUAGCAGGCCGCGAUAAUCGUCGAAGCGCCACCGCGAAUGAGCUAUUCUUAGCGGCGGCGAGGGGCGAGGAUGGCGAAUCGAGCGACGAUAAGCCGAGCGGUCACGUGAUGGAUCGACUUAGGAUUACGACACGGUCCAACGUAGCGGAGACCGACGAACAUUGUCCGUUGGCGAACGGCGCUGCGAUAGUUCGCGAUUCGGAGAGAUCGUUCGCUGCGAAAAACGCGUUCGCCUUGAACAGCGCGAUUGUCGAUCGAUUGUCGAUGGACGUGACGGGGAAGAGGACACCGCCUCUUCGAAGAACGACCGAUCCUGGCAAACACGUGAAUCCGGCGCUGAUCGACGACAGACUCGAGGUACCGCCGUUGCCGAAGCGCACGGUUACGGUUGACAGAUCGUGUAUCGAUACGACGAGCAUCUUCGACCAGAAUCCGCCGAGGAGUCAUCUGGAGCGGCGAAGAUCGCGUCACGAGACCGAGAAACUGAAACAGGUGGCCGCCGUGGAGAUUAUGGAUAAGCUGAAGACGCUGCAGACGGAAACGCACGGCGACUCGACGGCGAGAAGAGGCUCGUUGCCGCAGGAGUACUUUGUCCAGCAGCUCAAGUACAUCGAGCUGUUGGAGGAGCAGCUGAAAAAUGUGAUACUGGCGGAGGAGGAGGAAAGGAAGGCCUUCGAGGAAUUUCAAACGCACUUUCAUCGUACGAAAGGGGACGAUGACGCGAGGAAAUCGUCCAUCGAAGAAACUGAGAAGAAAAGCAGCGUAAGCUUCGAACGCAAAAUUCCCAAAUUUCUUGAUGUCCCGGAUGGGACGACGGACGGAAAAUCCGCGGAAAAUGAGCAACAGAAGUAUACUCGUAGCCAUGAGGAGAAGCGCUUCGAAAAUAAUACCUGUCGAAGCGAGCCGGAAAUUCAGAGGGAACAGUGGCGAGAGAAAUCGCGGAACGUGGAGAAGACUCGCACGGAGACGAUCGAUAAAGCGGGGAGCCGGCAAUUUUCAAGAAAGGUAUCUCACGAGAAUGGCAUUCACGAGGAAACCUCGGAGAGUAUCGAGCGUGAGGAGUGUCACGUGAUCACCCAGACGGGAAACGUGAAGAGACUAUCGGAGAACGGUACGUCCGAACGCGAGGAUAGAAUUAAAGAGGAAACGCGAACAACGGAGAAGCCGAGGAACACUUCCGGGGUGUCUAACGAGGAAGAAACUCGAUCGUGCAAGAAGACCGUCGACGUCGCGAGGAGACCGACAAGGUUGCCGACGAACGGCGAGGCGUUUCGUCAACGGAUGUACGACGAGUACGUCGACAAGGUGCUGGAGCGGCAGGAGCGGAAGAGUCACAAGGUCGUGAAGAUUAGCUCGCGCGAGGAUAUCGGCCGUAAAACGGACGGCGACAUGAGCGCGAUGGCGAGGGAGUUCAUCGAGAAGGCGCGGAACCGAUUGAACAAGUUUGGGAUUGAUCUUGACGAGAGCGGGACGGAUCGCGAGGAGGACGAGGCAGACGUGAUUAACGCGAAAUUCCUGAUCGACGGCAAGGAGCUGCGGGACGCGUCCGGCAAAUUGCCGAAGCACCUGCGGGAGUUCCUGAAGAUGUCCACCGUGUCGGACGACGACGAGGGCGGGAUUGGCUGCGGUAAGGCAAGAGACAAUGACAGCGACUGUCUGCUGCACGAGAUUGACAAAGCUUUGAAAAUCAGCAGGGGAUUUCUACUUGAGCAAGAGAACGUUAUGUUUGCGCCUACGUUUAAAGCCUCGUCAGCUAAACCAGGCGUUUGGUCGCCAGGACAAACGCCAGCUGGGAAGGAACCGAGCCCCGUACGAACCAAGGAGCCGCAAAAGAACGAACCGAUUCCGCCAGUCUGGACCCCGGCCAGCGCCGGCGCGAGCCCCGUCGCCGAAAGAAAAGAAUUUCGUCCCGUGCCAUUCGAGAGUCCUGUACUGAGCCGGAAGAAGCAACCGAAGGAAGAGGAGGCGCCUCCUCCACCUUGGAAAAACGAAGAGGAGAAAAGGACGUUGAGCUCGCGCAGCGUUUACGAGAGUAGCAGCACCUCGCGGAUCGUGAAUUCGCACUCGGCACCAUCCCAGGGAUUAAACGCGCUCGCGUCCGCGCCGCGCUUGCCACGUGCUCAGAAUCCGACUAUCACGUUACUUCAGAAAGCGAGAGAAGGACAAUUGCCGAAAGGCGCGGCUUACUUGGAGGAGAGCGAGUCCAUCGAUAAUCGUCCUUCGAGCGACGAAAGACCGUUGAUUUCGCCGGGAGAAAUAAUCUACACCGUGAAGAAAGAGUACGAGAGCGAGCCGGAAGCAGAGAAUGAAGCGCCGAAGAAGAUGGCCGAUCUGGGCCCCCGGAAAUUCGAGGGGAUAGGCCCGGUGACUAAGGAGGGUAUCCCUCUCGUGUUGAGAUCGGAAGUCAAGGAGAAUAAUCAAGCGAAAUGGUACAAGCGAAUGUACGACUCGUUACAUCGCGCGGAUAAAAACGAUGACUACGUGACCGUAAAAUACAAAUCGAGAAGAGGAGGCAGAUAUGGAUACGGAAGCAGCAGCGGAUAUUUGAGUGAACCGGAACCUCGCGCAUAUUCGGAUCGAUCCAUUACUCUCGAUAGCCGUCGACGGCUGCGCAACAAAGAAAAUGACUUCACUACGGCGACUAUGCCCAGAAAAAAUGGGGCGCUGAGGUACUCGACGGAGAUUUACAAAAAUCAGCCUGGCCGCAUCGAGGAUUAUGAACCAGGACGCUCGUCGAUCGCCGAGAAGGAAGCUAAAGAGUGGUGGGACGAGGUCAUGGACAUAUUUGACGGGUGGCUGAAUGAAAACGGACGUCCUCAGCACGCGCAGACCAGGAUGGAGUCUUUACGCGGUGAUGUCCGACAGUCCCGCGUCCUCAGCCUCUCCUAUCGGCCGGAGGACAGUCCUUUCGAUCAGCGCAGUCACGCACGAGUCGCGGCCAAGCCGUAUAUAACUCAUGCUCUCAAAGAGUCAGGAUACGAGAGCGACUCGACGCUCGUCUUUCGCCGAAAGGAGGACAUUAAUCCGCUCAGUCUUCUGGAACAGAGAUUAGCGUACAAGACGGUACAGAGCGGAGGUGACGUACCCCUCCAUGGGCUUCGCAAGCCAGCCCCGGAACGUCCGAAGGACGACUCCGAGAUCGAGUAUUUCCCGAUCUCGCCGACCUUGACGAGGAUACGCGUGCAUCGGAGAAGCGCCUCGAGUAGCACAUCGUUCGUCUUCUCCUCGUUCUCGCAGGCACUUCGACCGGUACCGUUCUCGGCCGCCUCAAGAUCGCCGCCGGUCAUGAGAGCUUCUCCUCGUGGCUCUCCGUCGCGAGCAAUGUCGGUAUCGAGACCGCCCUCGCCGCCCCGAAGAAGGUCCUCGCGCCACAGCAGAACUCUAAAGCUGUACUCGGAGAGCGCGCGAUUAAUCGAUAGCUCGCAAUCUUCGUCGAAACCUCGGCACGAACAGUGUUUCGCACGCACCGACAGUGUGACGAGUAUCAGAUCGUUGAGGGAAAAAUUCUGCAGCAAUCUCGAGCGGCAUCGGCGAAACCGUGAGCAGUUUCACAGCGCGAUUAUCACGCGUACAACCUCCAGCAGCCCAGUCAUCACCUCGAAGACCACCAAAGCGUCCGGUUUUCUCUCAAAUGCCUUCAACAAGAGAAAGUCGGAUCCCUGCCUAUCUCAGAGUCAGUUUGAAGGAAGCAAAAAAUUAAGCUCGCCGUCAAGCACUACGAAAAGUUACAUUUAUUCCUUAACAUCGCCGAGGACCAUACGAGAAUCUUCCACGAAGAUUGAUAAACUCGCAACGGUAAAAGUACCAUCGAGAUACACUUCUGUGUCCAAAGAACGACAGAGAUCUCCGGAAAGGGGCCAAAUUAGUACGCGAUCAGAUCAUCCUUUGACAAGUACGAAGAGAGAAAAGCUUCGUUUGACGAAGAAGGAGCAGGAGCAGUCGUGCAGGAGGCUGAGCAAAUCACCGGCAGAAAUCUCCUUACCAAUAGAGGCUAGGAAAGUUUUGCAGAAGCAGAGAGAGAAGGAAGUGAGAGACGUGCAGACUAGAGUACAUUCAUCAGGCACGGUGAUAAAGAGCUCGACGAUUCCGUAUAGUUCAAAUAAACAGAAGCGUUCAGUAGACAAAUCUCUUAAGAUCGCCGUGGCGGUCUCGCCCAAGGGGCAGGAAUUCUUACGAAAGACAUCUGAACAAUCUGCGCCGGCGAGAAGGACAUUGAGUUCCCAGCUGAAAUCUCCCAUCAAAAGCACGUCGCAGAUCGCUAAAAAGAUUCUGUCAGAACCGAAAAAGACAAAGAUUAUUGCGAAGCCGCCGGAGAAACUGCUUGUCAGUAAAGAAUCCUUACGCUCGGUGUCUUCAUCCUGUUCUGAGGUAAAUAGCGAGAUAAACAGAAGGAAGCGACCUCGUGAGAAACCACAGACAAUCGUCAAGAUUUCGGUUAAAAAGCCGGAAAUGAUACGCAUGGGUGUAAACGGCAACAGGAAGAAAAUGGAAGCCAGAAAAAAAAUGCAAAAGGAUAAGAAGAACAGUGAUCAAGUGGAUGCGAGCACGUCCAUGAACGGCUGGAGAGAAAUAGCCGAAAAGGAGGAUAUUAAGUUGCUGAGGAGAGUAGAAAAAAUGGUGCCGACUGUCGAGCAGGAGCCUACCAAGGAUCAGAUCGUUCCUUUAACCGUGGAGGAAAUUAAGCGGCAUCAGGAGGCGACGCGUACCGAUACUUUCUUUCAGAACCUCUUCCUGCGAAACAGCUCCGUGUCGGCCGUGCAAUCUCACGCAGCCACGAGAAAAUCUCUCGUCGGCGAACGUGCAAAGAUGUUUCAGGACAUUGCGAGGGAAAGCUUCAAAUCGGAGCCGUCUUUGAAAUCCUUGAGCGUUUACCUGGCGCACAAGCGACCGGUUUCGAAUUCAAAGUUUAAGAAUUGGGAGCGCGAGAGCGCCGUCUCGUCCAGGAGUUCCAGCCCGUACGGGGUUUGCUGGCCUGGCCGAUCGGUACUGCAGAAGGUCAGCAAGUUUGACAGCUUGCUGGGCAUAGACGAACUCAGCUCGUCCACUACAUUGCGCAAUCGGAGCCCGGAAUUGUCGCGGGAACAUGUGAAAGAACGGAGUCUGAGCGAACCUCCGCUGAAGACCCUGCCGGAAUCCAGAGAAUCUUCUCCGCGAUCGUCCUCGCCGUCUCCAGCGAGAUCUCAAGCUCCUCGACGAAUUUGCGUUUCGAAGCAAGACAACGCGAAUAUUCCGUUAACGAUUACUUCGAAGAAAGCGAGAGCCAGAAGCGCCGGCGAGGCGGAGGACGCCAAGCGGAAGAUGGACGGUUCGAGCUUGUCAUUGACGAAGAGCACCGGCUCUUUGUCAUCGGCCGAUCGCGAGGACUAUCAGCAAUACAUACUCGAGUUAUUACAUCACAGACGCAAGUCGAAGCGAUACAAGGACUUGCGUGAUUUUUACGCGAGCCUCAGUAGAAUGGAUCAGUUGGAGCGCACAUUCUCAUCCGGGGAUCUACGACCGAGGAUGAAGAAUGAAGAAAUCAUCGAUUACGAUCGUUGGAAGCGAGUUAGAUCGAAGGAGAAGGCGGAACAGGAGCUAAAGGAGCUCUACGGGAAGCUAAAAAACGUCCAGCGCGACAAGGACUUUCUUUUCAGCGCGAAGGACGUUGAUAAGUUCAGAUGGCACGGCGACUGUGGACUUCGUUGUAAGGAACGCUCCGUAGAAGACAUUCUGCAGUAUUUUAAAAGACUUGAAAGCGAGGGAAACGAGCUGGAAUCUUCCAGGCUGGCAGUCAUCUCCUCGCAGAAGGACACAUACAAACCUCUCUGGCGCGGCAGCUCGGUUGUGAACGUGGCGACCACGAUGCAGAAGAAGGCGAACGCUAGUCGGGACGCCGACAGAUCUGCCGAUUAUCAUCCAUCCCUCCAGAGAAGUCUCGGCGGCAGCAAAAAAUUUUGGAGCAGUCUAUCCAUCGAACAAGUGGCCAUCCUAAAAAAACAGCUGAAUGAAAUCUAUGGUAGCGACAAUCUUCAGAAAUCUACAUGUCGAUCGAACGGCGAAAUCGUCGAAGCACCUCACGAGAUUAACGAGGAUCAACAGUCUGUUAACGAAAAGCGCGACGCGGCUAAAACCGAAACCUUGACGAGCUACGAAAUAAUUGUGCCACCUGAAGGUGAUUCUAAGGACGAUUCAAAAAGCCUUCAUGUACGAUGCCACUCGAUGAUCGCGACGAACGAAUCACCAAUGUUGAAGGGACAGAGUUGCGACGCGACUCGAGUCGAAGGUAUCCUGAAGAAGAGCGAUUCCAUCGGUCGUUUGAAGGGACUCGAGAGAUCCGAAUCGGAAAAAUCAGUUUCGCCGCCGAUGACGGAGUUAGAGAAGAAGAGGCUGUCGUUGACUCUCGGCAAGGAAGUACUGGAUAAGAUGACGCGAAGAAGACUAUCCGCACCUCUAGCGCCUCGAGAGACUCGCGGUAGCAUUGCCGCUGCCCUGGCGAUCGAAAAGAUGCCAAAAAAAUCGUCCACGAAGAGUACGGCGAGGACAGUUUGCGCGUCCGAUACGCCCAGCGUGGCUAGUACUUCUCCAAGGACAUGUUAUUCCCUCGAAACAUCAUACGACGAUUCGACCAAAUCUAAAGACAAGAACGAUUUUCUGCUGGUGCUGACGCCUAAUAACGAGAGCCCUAGCGAUAAGCAACGCGUGGAAACCGUACUCGAAGAGUGGUCGAAGAAACCGCCCUUGUUGGCCAUGGUGAUACCGUCAGAAAAAGCGAGAUCGAACAAAGUGGUCUCGGGCAGCGAAGUGGACAGCAUGACGGAGAGCUCAGAGGCCUCGGUGAAGACGGUAGUCCAACGGGACGGCGUGAUCGAGGUGGAGGACGUGUCGCGGAAGAUCGAGUUCUUUGAGAACGUGGAGAGGAGAGGGGAAUGGCAGCGAGAGGCAGCAACGACAAUGUUUCGCGACAAGAAGAAGCUGUCGUCAUCGCAGAGCGUGGCCGAUCUGAAGGAGCUCUUCGGCGAGAUCGAAUCGGCCAAGUACGGUCCAUUCGGCGGCAGGAUCGAUCGAUCGCGAUCGACGUCGCCGCGCGAAAAAACGAUCGGCGAACGGCGGAAGGCGGAUGACAGUCCGACGCUGUCGGAAAUGGGCAUGCGACGACAACAACAACGGCGAUCGUUCCGCUCCUGUUCACGGGAGCGUGAACACGACGGCAGACCGCACAGCGUCAGUCCGUGUCGCGCGACCACGCGAUCGAACUCGUCCUGCAGCGUGGACAGCGGUAGCGGCUGGCUGCGCAGUUCGUCGCCGGAUCCCGAGAGAUAUUGGCGUGCCUACCUGAAGCUGGUGCGAAACGGCGCGGUGCGUAGAUUGCGAGCGCGCUUCGAGAGCGCCGAGGAUCUAUCGCGGCGCGUUAAAGUCGCACCCGCGCCCAAGCGCUUUCGCAGCGAUCCAGAGCUGGCGCGAUGCCUGCUGAAGAGGACAAGCGAGGAAGCGACUCGUGACACUUCGCGGAAAUCGCACGAGCGCGACGUCGAUGUGGCAUGGUUGCGUAGGAGAUUCGAGACGACGAGGAGAGGACGGCCGCGAGGACGAAGGGGCGAGUCGCCGCCGAUCCCGAGGAUGCCGUUACGUCGCGAUAAUCUCUCGAUGCCGCACAUCGACGUCAUCAGUAAAACCGCCGAGCUAAAGGAGCCGCAAGUUACCAGCACCGUCACCAACCACGUGGCCAGACGGGCGGAAACCAAGGAACUCGAAGCGAGAAGACCAGUCUGUCGAAUGCGGAGGAGAUUCGAGUCACCGGACAUCGCCGGACGGACGUCCAUAAUGGGCGAGAUGUUCACGUCGGCCCCGGAUGUUCGCGAGCUUCGCGACAUCGCGCCUUACUUGGCGGGUAAAUGGGUGGCUCAUCGGUAUCCCAGUCGUCGCGAUAACAUGCGCUCUUUAUCUUCGCCGGCUGAUCUUGAGAUCCAUCGAGGCUCCUCGAAGACGCGUUUCUCCUCUCCCGGUGGCGAUCGGAAGAGACCGGAACGACCGCGCGCCACAUCUUCGUCGCCGACUCGACCAAGAGCACCCGCGUCGAUUCUCAAAUCGUCGCAGACGAUUGCCUUCGCCGGACAACCCUUCGACCCCGACAAGCACAGGCCGAGGUUCAGGUACCAGCCACCACCCCCGCCGCCCUCGCCCAUUGCCGCGAGGAAACGUAGAUCCUGGUGGCCGACCAUGCCCGUCUACACGGCGCGACCGACCGUCACCUUCGAAGAAUACUCGAAUGCACCCCCGCCGCCGCCAAAAUCCCAGCACUGCAGGGACGAUCGUCAAGAAUCGCCGAGGCGUUAUGUGGAGGGUGAGGUGACGAUUCACUAUCGCUCGCCGGUGCGUACAGAGGCGAAGGAACCGCUGAGCGAGGAGGAACUCGCGCGACGAAGCGCAGAGAACAUGCGGCGCGUCUACCAGGAGGAGCGCCGUCGCAAGUAUCUCCAGGAGUUGCACGACAUCGAUUCCCGCAGGCACACGGAUAACUUUAUACCCUCGCAGAAGUCGCCCAUACCUUUGAAUCGCUACGACGACUUCGUGGACGAUCUGAGCCAGCGAAGUCGAUCCCAAGAUCAAACACCGGAGCCGCGUUUGGUCGCGCGGGCUCUCUACAACUUCGUCGGGCAGUCAUCGCGGGAAUUGACUUUCCGACGCGGCGACAUCAUAUUUGUCCGACGACAGGUUGACAAGAACUGGUACGAAGGGGAAUACAAUGCGAUGAUCGGGCUGUUUCCUUCCAACUAUGUCGAGAUUCUACCAUAUGACGGUACGAUGCGGACGACACCGAAGAAGGCUCACGAAGGACAGGCUCGGGCCAAAUUCAAUUUUAUUGCCCAGACCAAUCUCGAGUUGUCCUUAGUGAAAGGCGAAUUGGUGGUCUUGACGAGAAGAGUCGACGAAAAUUGGUACGAAGGGCGCAUAGGAAACAGAAAGGGAAUAUUUCCGAUCUCCUACGUUGAGGUCAUCACGGAACCCGGACAUCGAUCAGAGACACCGAUUCAGAACAAACCGGUUGCAUCUCCGGCGGCGCACAGUCUCUUAGCGAACGGCUCGUCCGGAGGAAAACUGAGUAUGGGACCCCAUCAUUAUGUGCCGUCCAUCCCGGUCAAUAUCAACACAACCCAGCCCCAUUACAAUUCACUGCCACGUAUGGGAGGGAGCAAGUUGCAUGUAUCACAACUCAGCGAAACGUUGCAUAUCGACACGCAUUCGGAACCAAUUCCGUAUCGAGCAUUGUAUAACUACAAGCCGCAGAACGACGACGAGCUGGAGUUGAAGGAAGGUGAUACGGUAUAUGUUAUGGAGAAGUGCGAUGACGGAUGGUACGUCGGUUCCAGUCAAAGAACCGGCUACUUCGGCACUUUUCCAGGGAACUACGUGGAGAGAUUGUGAGGAAGGUCGACGAUCCGGGACUUGGACGCGCGGCAUAUCAAGACCCAGGAUAACAUUCACCAAAGCAUUAGACGGAAUCGUUAAGAUAAACAGCGAAUUUCUCGGCGUUUAACCCGAUCGUUCCCGACAAUAUAAACGCCUUAUCAGCAUUUUCGAUUACGACGUGUCAAAAGUUUUUACAUAUUCUCGAUACGACAGAGAUUUUUAACUUUAUUUUUUACCGUGACUACAUUACAGAAGGUAAAUGUCAACUAUAAUUAUUAUUUUAUUUUAUUUAUUUUAUUUUAUGUUUGCAAUAUUAUUUGACCUGCAUAUUAUACAAAAAAAUUUUAGUAAUUGUCAUUUUCCAUUUUUUACAGCUUAAUAAUUAAAUUUUAAUCAUAUAUUUAUAUUUUCGAUAUUAUUUGAUGAAUAAUAUAUUUUGUUUAAUUUUAUUUCGAAAAUACAACAUAUUUAUGAUAACAAUUCUAUGAACAAUUCGCGCGAAAAAAAAUUUAUAUAAUUAUAUGAUACACAUAAUUCGCGAAAUGUGACCAAUACAACGAAUAAAACGUCUAAUUAAAUCCACGCGAUUGUGCUUACAUCGCACAAAAAUAUUUUUCGAGUUCGGAGAAUAUAAUUAACAAUCACAUCAAGCAACGUAGACGAUAUUUUUAUCGUCCUAAACGAUGAAUAAUUUGAAAGGCGAGAGGGUUAAGCGUUCAAAAUGAAAAAUAAAGAACGUCACACGAGUCUUCCUUUUUGGAUCUAACGAUGAAGUUAUCGAUAACGCAAUUAAGAUAAAUAUUAGAAGUGUGUUUGCGGCGAGGCGUAAUGGAGCUCUCAUACGAUCAGAUUGUUAUCGCUAAAACAUCAACAUCCUAUGUAUAUUACUUAUUGGAAUACUUAUUGAUAUCAAUAUACGUCGUUUCUUGUAUCUAAUGUCACAACGAUUGUUCGAUAUGAUUCUCAUACAAACUCUUAAAUGAUUUUAUUGAUAAUAAAAAUAUCAAAAUUAAUCACUGAUCGUGUCAGGGCCCUUUUUCUGGCGUCGAAUUUACCAAAAGAUUUAGCAAGAUAGUCCGCUAGGAUACGUGAGUUUGUAAGUAGAGUUUGUAAGUAGUGUAUGAUAACGAUUUUUAGUAAAUUAUUGUUGUUGCUAUUCCUGACAAAGGGGCUUUCCGCUAUCCAGGAAGAUAUUGUCGGGUUGACGUGUUGACGUAUCAUCGAAAAAAAGAAAUAUAUAGAGAAAAUACAUCGAAAAAUUUCAAAGUAUCCGAGGUAGCGGAUAAUAUAAUUUGACAUUUUAGAACGACUGUUUUUUCCAAGGAGCAAGAAUUAGCAUCCACGCGCGGAGACUUAUUUUCAAUUAGAGAACGAUUUCUCUAUGAUUUCGUAUACUGUAGAUAAAAUCGGUCACUGUUACUGUUGGAUUCGUGAGUAUUUCGAGACUAACGGACUUAUAAUUGAAAGUUUGCCUACCCAAAUUAAUAUUUUUGUAAACAUUAUUUGUACCCACAGAGAGUUAUAUAUAAAUAUACACAUAUAUAGAGUAGAUAUAUAUAUAUAUCUAUAUACACAUACAUCUAUAUACAUAUAUAAAUAUACGCAUACAGAGAUAUCGUAUAUACUGUGUACCGCACGAUAAUAUAUAAAUAUAAACAAUACCCAUGUACCACACAAAUAAUUAGUAAAUAUCGGACGCAAUAUUAUCACGCGCACGCAGACAAAUAAACAAAGAUGUAACAAAGAUAUGUAUAUACAUAUACAUAUUACAAACAGCUAUGAACUGCAAACUAUGAAAUGUAAAUCAUCGACCGACGAAGAAAUUACCAGUUUUCUCGCGAGAUGAAAAACAUAUUGCCGUUAACGACCAUUAUCGAAUUCGCAACCAAAUACGAUCUUCCCUAAUGUCACUUCAUCAUUACCUACGAUUACGCCUAUCUUAUAAGCACUAGAAUAACAAGAAACGAACGCAGUCGAGAAUCAGACAAUACUAUUACUAUAAUAAUUCUAGAGAAAUAUAUAAAGAGAGAUGUAAUGUGUGUGACAAGGGCAUUAUACAGACGCCGAAGUGUAUCCGAUAAUAUGAUUCGAGUAUGGUGGAAUGUCGUUAUUUUAUCUUUGAAAGGAGUUAAUGAAACAAGAUCGAAGAUCGUUCCCCUUUUCUUUGCUCUAUAUCUUUAAUGCACAUUUAACUUAAGACCUUCUUUUCCCUUUUCGAAGACAGGAGAAGAUUGAAGCCUGAAAAUGAAAAUUUUAUUUUAAUAUUUUAUCUAUAUUUUCAUUGAUUGAUAUAGAAACAAACAAAUUUCUUUCCUGAUCAACGUAAUUUAAUGUAAAUGUGUAAUGAAGAUACGAGCUGUUCGGAUGCGUUAAGAAACAUUGCGUCUUGCGUGUCAAACAAUUUGUGCAUACACGUGCGCAUAUAUCCACGGCACAUAUCCCAUUAAAUCAUAAGACUUAUCAGUUUCAAGUUUAACAGACAACCAGGAGAGAUCAUUGAUUCUAUGUUAUCCAGAUUUUCUUCUCGUUCAAAAGAAUUCUAAUGGGAAAAAUUCUUAUGGGAUAUCCUAAGUCGUAUACAUAGUAGUAUUCAUUGAUACUGUAACAUAACUCUUUUUUUUUUUGUUAGUAUAACCUUUUUGAAGAUAGUUAUAUACAUAUAUAUUUUCACGACAUAAAUUUUGCUCUGUAUGAAAAAAAAAAAAUUGUAUUUAUAUAAGCUAGUAAGCUAUCAAAUGCCUUAAGAUUUAUUCUUUUAUUCUAAUUAAGUUUGACAAAUUUAAUCCAUUAAUAAUAAUAUCGAAAAUUUACUGAUUAGUGUAAUAUUAUUGUUUCGCGAUUUAAUAUAUUACACAUAUCGUCUAUAUCGAUAAUGCAUAUUUCUGAUUUUUUUUUCUAGUUUCUUAUCAAUUAACGAUUUCACUUUAUUUGUUUCCACAUCGUGUUCUAAUGAUAUUACUAUGUAUUAUAUAUCUUCUAGAUGCAAAUAAAACCUAGUCCAUUACUAAA